UGAGGCACAAGUAAAUACGUACAGCAACUUCGGAAAUUCAGCUGUAACAACCAUGACGUUUGUGAAUUUUGAUAAAUGCUGAUUGUCCUCUGUAAGGUUUAUUCGAACAGGGAGAUGUUGCUUGUGCCAAAAUGUAGUCAUAGAGUGAGAUGGGUCUGCCUUAAUAGGGGGGACAACUCUCACAGAUUUGUCUAGCCAGCUUCCUUGGAAUGUUUGGUCACCACACUGCCAACCAGCCAGCAGCAGGCCUCGUCAUGUCGGGUCAUGACCAGCACAAUGCCAUUAAGUCGCCCCAGUCCAAUGUUGCAUCAGGCGCUACCAACUAUCUUAUGAUUAACCCCUCCCUGUUUCAUCAAGGUAGUAGUCUACAUCAGACCAUUGUGGAUAAUUUGCCAGUAACUCUAUCCAACUCCUUGCAUAACCUUCAUCAGAGUUCAGGAGGAACAGUGUAUGCCUUAACUGACCACCCACUAGGCAUCAGAUUACCUAUUGGAGUUGGCAUCAAGGAUACUUCUGAUGAUCAUUCAUCAAGUAUGGAUAAAUCUGAUUCCAAAGUGGACAUUUAUUCAGUAACAGAUGACAAGGGGGUCCCUGGGCUGGCAAGCAUCCAGUUCCAAGAUGGAGGUGAACAAACUAGCCCAGGGACACCAAGCCAGACCAGCACCUCUCAGAUUCUACACUACCGUCCCUCGGCAAAGUCGGGGGAUGCCAUGCUGAGUGCUAUUAACUAUAAUGACAGUGAGAUGUUACCAGAAGGUGCCUUUGACAGUUUGCCAAACCUGGAUGAUGGCCUUUUGUCGAACAUGGGAACACCAGGGAACAUACGUAUGUCGGAGAACCUGCCUGACCUUUUUGAUGGGGAGGGCAAUGUGAAUGAUUCCUAUAGUAUGGAGGGACUGUCCCCUCAACCAUUUACUGACUCUGCCUCAGGAUUUGUAGGAGAUAAUAACCUGGGGGCAGUCAUUGACACAGAUGACAUGCAGAAUCCAGACUCCAACAAGUCAGAUAGCGCCAAGAAGAAAUCUAAAAAUAAACAACCAAAAAGUCAAGGUUCCCCAGGCCGUCAGACCAUGCAGUGUCCGUCGUGCAAUAAAACCUUCAACAAUUCAAGCGCUCUUGCCAAGCACAGACUCACCCACAGCGAUGAACGCAAAUAUGUGUGCAAUUUGUGUUCGAAAGCCUUCAAAAGGCAGGACCACCUAAAUGGUCACUUAAUGACUCAUCGUGACAAAAAACCAUACGAGUGUAACGUUGACAGCUGCCAGAAGAGUUACUGUGAUGCACGCUCUCUACGACGCCACCUGGAGAAUCACCACAAUCAGUCGCCCGAGCAGAUCCAGACGGCCAUCGCAGCAGUGGCCUCUAAUGCGACAGCCAUAAUAGCAGCUGCUGCAGCCUCCAACACAGCUUCACUCAGAGCCACUACCACAGAAACACAAAGCAUGCCCUCAACCUUGUCAGUGAUAUCUGGAGCAAGUAACAGCCACUCCUCUCAGGAUGGCAAUGGCUGUUCCAGUCAGUAUUCCACCCCCCAGUACAGUAACAACUCCACCCCAAUGACCAGUCCCUCAUACAGCAACAGUGGUAACCCUCAACAGCAGACAGCAUUCUUCCAGUUUGACCAAGUGCCGUUGUCUGCACAGACUUCUCAUGACAUUAUAUUGCAGCAGCCUCACCUCACAGAUGAUUCUCAGCGUCCCCAGCAGAUCACCAUCCAGCCCCGUGUAGUGGCACAGCACCAGUCUUCGGGGCUCCCAGAGGGGCUGCCAGUCGACUCUCAACAGGUGCAGCAUUGGCAAGAACGGGUUCAACAUAUCCUUACUGCAGCAGCAAACCAAGCUGGGACAGAGCAACAGUCCAAUUCUCACAGUCCACAGGGUACCAUCGAGGACCAGUCGCCGAGCUAUCUCCAGCAGGUCAGCCCCAUCAGCCCUGUGAUGAGCCACCCAGGGCCUACCAGUCCCCAGCGCAUCUGGUCUUCAAACCCUCUCACCCCCAACACCAUCACCAACGACAAAAUCAACGGAGAUGACUCGUCAAAACCAGUGGUGUGUAGUAUUUGUGAGCGACGUUUUAAGAAUAUUCCAGCCUUAAAUGGCCACAUGAGACUUCAUGGAGGUUACUUCAAAAAGGAUAUCAAUAAAGAAGAAAAGAAAAGUAAGAAGGCACAUAGUACCUCGAUGGGAUCAAAGGUUUCUAAGGUUUCUUCAGAGCCAAUAGACAUUUCUCUCCCGACCAUAUCACAGGCAUUCCAGAAGUCUUUAGAGACCAUCACACCACCAGUAACUGCUCUGGCAGCAGGUCCUGUAUUCCCUAGUCUGCAGUCCCCUGUGGCUACUCCUGACACACCUCUGGACAUUGCACACUCUGUUAUACAGCAACUCCAGCAGCACCAACAGCAGCAGCAGAUACAGGAAACUAAAUCCGAUGCUAAGCCUGCAUGUGAACAACAGAUUCAGCUUCAGCAGUUACAGCAGCAGGAGCAGCAGCUGCAGCAACAGUUACAGCAACAGAUACAGCAGAUACAAAUGGAGCAACACCAGCUGCAGCAGCACCUUGAACAGCAGAACCACCAACAACAAGAGUCGUUUCAGCAGAAGCAGCAGUUAGUGUUACAACAACAGAUCCAACAGUUACAGAUAGAAAAACAGCAGCUAACUCACCAUCUUGAGCAACAGAUACAGCAGACCAAGCUCAAACAACUGGAGGACCAGCAUCUCAAGCAGCAACAGCAACAAAGUCAGCUUCAGCAGCAACAGCAGCAGUUCCAGGACAUUCUACAACAGCACCAACAACACAGCCAAUCAGGCUCUGUACCACAAUCUCCCCAGGUGCCACAGUCUCCCCUGCUACAAAGACAGGUGUCUGUGGAAUCCCUGGACUACCAGUUCCAGUCCCCUCCCCAGCAGAUCCAGGACAUCCCCUCUCGCAUGUCUGCACAGCAUCACCUUCAGCAGCUGGCCCGUCAGCAGCAGCAGGGUCCUCGUGACAUUAUCCAGCAGAUGGACAUAGGUCAGCUUGCAGAGCAGCUCAGUAUGACCUCUCAACAACAACAGCAGCAGCAACAACAGUGUGUGUUACAGCAACUACACUCUCCGCCCCCUGUCAGUCUCAGCUCCAUGUCAAUACAGUCAAACCUCCAAUCCGCUAUUGCUCAAAUCCCACAGUUCACACUUCAGACUUCCAAUCCUCAUCAGGAUGUGCUGCCACAAACACAGACAUCUUUUGUGUCACCAAGCCAUCUCUCUGCUGGUCAGGUUACACUUGUCACAACUGCUGCAGACAAUCCCGAACUCUCUGUUGCUCAGUUACUCAAUGGCAUAGAUGGUAUACAGGACCCAGUGGGGACUGUGUUCCGCAGCCACACAACAACGUCAGCUGGCCUAGUCGGGGGUAUAGCAGGUCUGUCUCCCCUUGGUGGCCAGCCCAACAUGUCAACACUUCCCUCCACCAUCAAGGAGGAGAACAACCUAGUGGUCACACCCACGCUGGACAACACCUCAAUGUCCAACAGCUUCGUGGUGUCACAUGCUCCAAGUAGUCUACACAGUGGUGCAGGUGCCACCAUAGAUCUGGAUAGUGCUGCAGAACGGCUCAAACAGGAGAUCAUGGAACAAUUGUCUAAUAGGUCAUUGCAUACAGAAUCCAAGGCAGCUGACAGUAAUCCGUUUUCAUUCCCAACCAUAGACUCUUUCAGUGGUAACAACAUAGAAGGCAGUUUGCCAGGCAGCAUGGGGGGUCAUCUCAACCCAGGAGGGCAUUUUGAGGGCAUCUUAGGACUUCCUGGAGAUUCAGUUCAACAACAGCUCAACAUAGACAAUAGUUUAAAUACAAAAUCUGAAACCAAAUCAAUUCAGAAUCGACACCAAGAACUUAAACGAAGACUUUCAGUAGGUAGUGAAGUAGAACUUUUGAAGAAGUCUUUUUCUUCAGGUAAUCAGCAUAAUAUUGGGUCUAAGGGAUCAACACCUAUAACAUAUGUCAAACACACACCGUCCAGUGGCCCUCAUGUCAAAACAGACAGUCACGCACGGCCUCGCAUGCGGAGUAAAUCGGGUGACGACUACAACCUCAUGCGGGCCAAUAGUGAGGAUCACACAUUCAUGCGACCACGGAGUCGUACAGAGGACUCACUGUGGAGAAUGAAAUCAAAAUCGGAAGAAUACUGGGGCAGCCCGUUUUCAAAAUCAGAUGGUGCCGGACUGUUUAGAAAUCCAAAUAGUUUAUCUAGUCCCAUCAAGUUGAAAAGGAAGCAUCGGCCAGCUCCACUGUUUAUACCUCCUCACAUGAAUAACUGUGGCUUCCAGAGCAGGCUCAGGUCUCCCCGCAUCAACCCUCAUAUAGAGGGGAGAGGUAAUACUCCCCCACCGUACACGCCCCCUCCCAUGCUCAGUCCUAUUCGCAGUGGAUCAGGUCUGUUCUGGAGUAUGUACAAGCCAGUCACUCCCAAGUCUGCACCUGUCACCCCCAGGUCACUCCAGCUGGGCAUGAGCAGCAGAGGAAGUUUAGGUCAUUUUGAUCCAGUGAUGAAGAUGGAGGAGGAAGAUGAUGAGGAGGUUCCCAUCCCGCAAGAGUCAGAGGAGGCAGCACCUGAAACAGAUGUACAACCUCAUGUCAACAUAGGAUCUCAGUAUCAGGUAGAAAUACCCCCCUUCAACAGCUGUAGAUCUUACUUAGAGGGGGUAGAGCCAAAAGAAGAUUUGAUGUGGGAUCCUUCGUUUUUAGGGGACAACAGUGACCUAGAUGUGCAAUAUUAUCAGGAAUUUGCCUGCUCAUCAGCUGUGAAGGGAAACGGUGCCAAUGUGGAAUAUGCUUUACAUUUGUUACGAAUGGCUAAUGGUAACAUUCAGACAGCUAUGUUGAUGUUGAUGAGUUCAGCCCUCAGGGUACCACGAUGGCACAGUCUACAUUCUUACACAUAUCAAGAAUCAGAAGUUUGGUCUACAGAGGAAGUUGAUCGCUAUCAGCAGGCACUGAUGAAAUGUGACAAAGACUUCCACAGAAUCUCUAAAGAGGUGGAGACCAAAUCGACUGGUGAUUGUGUGCAGUUUUACUACCUAUGGAAGAAAGUGUGCCCUGAUGAACACAAGCGUUUGCGAGUGGUGCGGCGUAAACGGGAACAGGACCAGUUGUAUAACUUACGGACACGCCAGCAGCAGCAGGAGCAGCAGCAAAGUGGGCUGACACAGGUGACGGAUGAGGAAGACAGCGACUCGGACUCCAGCUCCUCACGGGACACAGCUGACCCUCUAGACAAGGAGGAGGAACAACUAUCCAGUUCGUCUGUCCGAUCCUCCCCAGUUCCUAUGUUUCCCUGUGAAUACCCGGAGUGUACAGCUGCAUUUGGUUCAAAGCAGGCCUUGAAUGCUCAUGGGAGAAUUCAUGGUAGCUCUAAACAUUCUUCUCCUGCCUCGAAUCGCAGCAUAGAGAACAGAGGGCCUGGCAGACCCAAGCCUAACCCUCUCCCCAUCAAAACUGUACCUGCACCUUUACCUGCAGACGGUUCAGAGGUGUUCCCCUGUAAACUGUGUGGAAGAGUGUUUCCUAAAGUGAAAAGUCGUAGUGCUCAUAUGAAGAUUCAUAGACUGGCAGAGGCUGACAGAAAACAACCCAAGCCAAACAAUAUGGAACUGACAAUUAAAACAAUUCUGCCGACUGGCUCAACAAAUGGCUGAUAGUGUGUCCCUUCCCAUAUGGUGCUUCAGAUAACCCCGUUUCUGCUGUAGGGCUUUCCUCGGAUCAUCAGUUACAUAAUGGCAGCUCAUACACACUGGGAGACCUAUACUAUAACCCUGGCUGUGUGUCCGCUGGAGGACAUGCAUGCUCGCUCUGUGCCAUCCACCGGAUUUUCCGAUACGGAGCUAUUCUGGUUCGGGGGCUUUCCAAGUCUGUGAUUUUCUAUGGCUAUGUGAUUGGGUUGAUUCUAACUCCUAAGUGUUUUACUGUUGAUCAAAAAUGUUGUUUUGUCUGUUAAUAGUAUGGUAUAUUGUUUCCUUUUAAAAAAAGUGAGAUUUUUACUCAAUGUUAAAAAUAGUACUUUAAAAAAUUUAAAUGAAAGAUUUAUUAUGAUUGUUACAGAAAGAAAAUAUUAAUUUGA